ACGAACUGUAAUUAUGGCGACCUUCAUCACAGAGUCGUGAAACGCCUCAUGAUUUCUCCUAACUGCUUUAAACAUGUUUUUGUGAGACUUUAUUAAAAUAGUCGCCAUGGGUGUACUUAGACAUGUUGUGUGCGCAAUGUCUGGAGGGGUCGACAGUUCUGUCAGUGCACUGUUACUCAAACGAAUGGGUUAUCAUGUAACCGGUGUGUUCAUGAAGAACUGGGACUCGCAGGAAGAAAAAGGGCUCUGUUCAUCAGACAGAGACUGCGAAGAUGCUUAUAAAGUGUGUAAGAUGCUGGAUAUCCCUUUUCACGAAGUCUCAUAUGUGAAAGAAUACUGGCAUGAAGUAUUUAGCAAUCUUCUUUGGGAAUAUGAGAGAGGGAGAACACCUAAUCCAGACAUAAUCUGUAACAAACACAUCAAGUUUAAACACUUCUAUCAGUAUGCUGUUAAUACUUUAGGGGCUGAUGCCAUGGCAACGGGCCACUAUGCCCGGACAUCCCAGGAGGAUGAGGAGGUUUUCCAACAGAAACUUACUGAAGCUCCCAAAAGCCUCUUCAGGGACCGGUUUGAAAUUAGAAAGCCUGUGCGGCUUUAUCAAGGUGCUGAUCUGUUGAAGGACCAGACGUUCUUCUUAAGUCAGAUCUCCCAGGAUGCUUUGCGACACACAUUAUUUCCCCUGGCUGGACUAACCAAAGGGUAUGUGAAGAAGAUUGCAGCUGAGGCCGGCUUUCAGCAUGUUCUUAAGAAAAAAGAGAGCAUGGGAAUCUGUUUCAUUGGAAAAAGAGAUUUUGAGAACUUUAUCCUGGAGUACUUAGAACCCAGACCUGGAAAUUUCGUCUCAAUUGAAGAUGGGAAAAUCAUGGGAAAGCAUAAAGGGUGGUUCACAUUAACACUGGGGCAGAGGGCUAGAAUAGGAGGGCGGGCAGAUGCCUGGUUUGUUGUGGAUAAAGAUGUUACUACUGCUGAUGUCUUUGUGUGUCCGAGCACAUUUCACCCGGCACUGUUUCGAGACACAUUACAGACGGACCGUUUCCACUGGAUCGCAGAAGAGCCGCCUGCUGAACUUGUUCACACUCAGAUGAUGGAUUGUCACUUCUGUUUUAACAACCGCAUGCCUUUAACUCCAUGUACUGUAACCCUGAAUUUAGACGGGUCAGUGUGGGUGAUGGUGAAGGAGCCCAUGAGAGGAAUGGCAACUGGACAGUUUGCUGUGUUGUAUAAAGGAGACGAGUGUUUGGGCAGUGGGAAGAUCAUUCGUCUGGGACCCACAAAAUUUGCUCUUCAGAAAGAUCAAAGCAACACAAACUGCCUCCAUAAAGACACCAACCAACAACAUCCAGAGCCUCACAGCUGAAGCGCAAAACAUCUCAGACGGCUUUGUGGUUUAAAUGAAGCACUGUGGAAAGAUGCUCUAAUAGUUUAUAGACAUUUGGGGUGGGAGAAACUGCAGAUACUUUAAAAGUUUGUGUGUACUACACUGUAAAAAUAUCUGUCUAAUAACAGUUUCUGUAUAUUGUGAUGUUCUUUUCGUUUAUUUAUGAAUAAUCUCUUCUCUGUCCACUUUUGAUGCUGCAAAUUCAACUCUACAGUUUAACAAAGUAACUUUUAUUGACAUUUUAGUAGUUUUAAAUAAUAUAAUGUGCAAGACGUAAUAUAUAGUGAAAGAAGUAAUAGCGUAAUAUACAACACCAACCUAUAAAAAAUUUUCAUAAAAGCCACAUUUUCAAACUUUUCAUAGUUAGAAAGAAUAAGUUCUCCUAAUACAAUUUAAAAGCAUACAUAAACUGGGGAAAGAUAAUUAAAAGUAGAAUAAAAACAAGAGUAAC